AUGUGUGGAAUUUUGGGUCUGAAAAGGCAUCCAAUCGAUGAAGUCGUAAGCGGUUUGGAGUAUCAACAGUCCAGUCCACGCUUCGCAGUCGAGGCAACCAUUGCGUCACGAUAUACGAUGAAGCCAUAUUCACUGUGGUGUAGAGUGGUUGAUAGGGUGUCAGUGGAAUUGCCAAACUGGCCUGUCCAAGAGAAAGAGAUUGCAAUUCCUCCAGAGUACGAACUUGCAGAUCCAUUAUGGUACAAGACUGAGAGGAUAGAUAUUCACAUUGGCGGUUAUAUUCUCAAUGACGUCCUAUAUGAUAAAUCUCACCAACUGGGUCAGGGACUACCAAGUUUGAAGAAGAGCGAAUUUGGAUGGAUGUUAUUUGGAUGUUGGGAUCAAGAUCCAAAAAACACAUUAACACCACCACUGUCUAGCCACAACAUUGCUUGUAAUCUUUCCACCCUUGCCAGUAUUGACAAAGUCAUGAGAAGGUUUUGGGAAUUGGAAGAAAUUUCUGCUGAAAGCAUGAAGUCAGAAGAGCAUGUGAUGGUGGAAAAUCUGUAUCUCACUACAACAAAAAGAACUGCAGAGGGUAGAUAUGAGGUUCAAUUGCCUUUGAAGGAAAACCACCAGGAGUUGGGAAAUAGUCGAAUCAAGGCUUUGCAAUUGCUUAGAGCAGUGGAGAGAAGACUGUUAGCGCAACCCAAGUUGUAUGAGGAAUAUGCCUCACCGUACCUGGCUACCCGCUCCUUGAACCAAUUGGCGCAGGAUGAAGGUGAGCACUUUCCUGUGGCCGCAAAAUCAGUGCUCAAUCACUUUUACAUCGACGAUUGUCUGAUGUCGGCAGCGUCUACUCAGGAAAUUGUUGAGACCCAGCGGCAGCUUGUUACUAUGUUCCAGAAAGCAAAGCUUGAGCUCUCAAAAUGGAAAUCAAACUCCGCAGAAGUUUUGAUUGACCUGAAUUCCGAGUUAGAUAGUUGUGAAAAUAUUCAUUUGUCGGGAGAAGAAGUAAAAACCUUGGGACUAUCCUGGAAUCCCUCGUUCGAUUCUUUUUGCUUUCAUGUAUCACCAGAUCUCUCUAAGCAAGUUGUGACUAAGCGUACAAUAAUGUCAGUUUUAGCCAGAAUUUUUUAUCCUCUAGGCCUAAUAGGGCCAGUAGUAGUGCAUGCUGAAAUUAUGCUUCAGAGAGUAUGGAGGAGCAAGGUGGACUGGGAUGUGGAAAUUGAAGGAUCGAUGUUGAGUGAUCUUCCACAAGUUCAACAGAUCCAGAUUCCCAGAUGGGCUGCAACAAUUCAGUUUGGCACCAAGGAAGAACUUCACGCGUUCUGUGACGCAAGCAAAAUGGCAUAUGGAGCAGCCAUUUACCUGAUAGUCGAAGAUGAGGAUGGAAAACGAUCUUCCCGUCUCCUGACAGCAAAAAGUAAAGUGGCACCCAUUGACGAGAUUACCAUUCCCAAGUUGGAGCUGUGUGCUGCAACACUCGGAACCAUUUUGAUGACUCGCGUGCGAACUGCGUUUGGCAUUCAGCCCGAGCAAUGUUUCUAUUGGAGUGAUGCCAUGGCUGUGUUAGGACAAAUUCACUCCAAGAGCACUCGACACGAAGUAUUUGUGCGUCACCGAGUCAAGACAAUCAAGGACAAUACAAUUGUGUCGCAAUGGAGAUAUGUACCAACUCACGUAAACCCAGCAGAUAUCUUGUCAAGAGGAACAACUCCGUUGAAGCUUGCAGAAUCUGAUGUCUGGUGGAGUGGCCCCAGCUGGUUGAUUGAGGAUGAAUCUUCAUGGCCCGAGCCUUAUCUCUAUCCCGGUCAGACCGAAGAAGUUAUUGCUAUGACUGUAGCUGCGGACCCUCCUCAACCAAAGAACGUGGAAAGUGAACACAAAUCGUUUGAAAACAUUAUAGCUUCAGCAUCAGAUUGGAAUCACGCCAAAAAACUGACUGUAUGUGCAAUUCGUGAGAACUGGAAAGAGUCAGUCGACGAGAUUCGAAAGGAUUUUCCUGAGUUUUCUCUGACUGAGCUGAGAGAAGCGGAAAAUUGGCUAAUCAGGGAGGAUCAGCAGAUGCAUUUGGGCGAGGCAAUAAAGGCUCUAAAAGCGUCAAGAUUACAUACAAAGAGGGACUUUCAAUUUCUGCAAAGGUUGAGACCUUUCAUCCAUGCCACUGGUGUUAUGAGAGUAGGAGGUCGACUUCAGGAAUCUGAAGAGGACUUGGAAUCAAUCCAUCCGCGAAUUAUACCUAAAAGUCGAUUAGCUGAGCUCAUUGCAAGGCAUGAACAUGUGACACAGUUGCACGCCGGCCCACAAUUGCUUCUCUCGUCCCUGCGUCGUAAGUUCUGGCCACUAGGAGGAAGAUAUUUGGCAAGAAAAGUAGUACAUUAUUGCGAUGUAUGCUAUCGUAUGAAGCCUAAACUGGAAACUCAAGUCAUGGGAAACUUGCCAAAACCUCGAGUUACGCUCAUCCGACCAUUAAGAUCAGUCGGAAUGGAUUUUGCAGGGCCACAUACAAUUAGAGUGGACUUAGCCAGCAGAACGAAGACUCAGAAGGCCUAUGUGUGCGUUUUUGUAUGCAUGGCAAUUAAAGCUGUUCAUCUUGAGGCAGUCAGUUCCCUGUCAACGGAGGCAUUUAUUGCCUGUUUCCGCAGAUUUAUUAGUCGUCGCAAUCUUCCUGCAGAAAUAUAUUCUGAUAAUGGACGCAAUUUUGUUGGAGCAGACAGGGAACUGUGUAGACUUUUUGAACAAGAAGAAAAUCAAAGGAAAUUGAUUGCUGCUACAAGUGAUCUCAACAUUCAGUGGAGAUUUCAAUCACCAUCAGCACCUCAUCAUGGAGGCUUGUACGAAGCAGCAGUCAAAUCGACGAAUUAUCACCUAAAAAGAGUUGCAGGAGAUGUUGUUUUCAAUUUUGAGGAAUUCAAUACACUCCUGUCACAAGUGGAAGCCACGCUUAACAGCCGCCCUCUCACGCAGUUGUCAGAUGAUCCCACGGAUCCACAACCUCUGACUCCCGGACAUUUCUUAACCAUGGCACCACUCAAUCAGCUUCCUGAUCCAGAUGUCACUUAUCUGAAGAUCAAUACUCUAAGUAGAUGGCAGCUCUGCCAAAAGGCCUAUCAGGAUUUUGUUAAGAGGUGGAAGAGAGAGUACUUACACACUCUCCAGCAGCAAUUGAAGUGGACAGAGACCAAGAAAAACUUUAAGGAAGGAGACAUUGUGCAGCUAUCCGAGGAAAGUCUAGGGGAUCUAAAGUGGACAAUGGGACGAGUUGUCGAUGUGUAUAGAGGAAAUGAUGGAUGUAUGCGAACAGUGAAGGUGUCGACAAAUCGAGGAGAAUUUCUGAGACCCAUCACUAAGUUGGCGAAGUAUCCUACAGAAGAAAUUUGGGGAUCAUCGACCCCAAUCAUUACUGGGGAGUGUUAA